AUGACUCUGGUUGACUCACAGAACGAAGUGGUCAGUGCAACCCAAUCAUACACUGCGACUGUCACUGCAGCGUCUUCAUCCAACAUCAGCCCAGGAGUCAGCCGCAUGGACACCUUCGAAAGUGUUCCCGAGGCACCUUUUGGACUAGAAGGGGAGGCUGUAGCCUCCAAUGGGAUUCUGCUUUCUUGGUCCAUGCCUCCUGGAACCAGCAACAUUGAUGAAUAUAUAAUCAGGUACAAGGAAGUGUGUCCUUAUCCGGAUCCCAACUUUACACAGGUGACCAAGUUUCUGGAGGUACCCGAGACUUUGCUCAAUGACUUCACAUCAGGCUCCACAUACAUCAUUCAGGUGGCAGCCUCUUCUCCAGCAGGUAUUGGACCAUUCAGUAAAGAUGUCUACGUAAAGACCGCAGAGUCACCUCCCGGUUUGGUGACCAACUUAACAGCCUUAGCCCAGAAUCACACCUUCGUUUUGGUCACUUGGUUCCUCCCACAUCGCAUUAAUGGCCUCAUCACAAAGUUUGCCGUCAAGGCCAAGCACGCUCGCACAGGACAGACGGUCCGCGACCUUGAGGUCAAUGCAGAAGACAUCAUGACCGGAGCGCUGCCUCACUGCAACGAUGCUGCGGACAUUCUGUCCCGGGCGACCCCCAGCCCCUUGGAAAUGACAGCGUCGUCGUCUUCGCCUCACACCCUCACUGCCGUGCCUCCUGCAGCUGCUUGGAGCUUCCCCAUAUCGGUGGGAGUCGAUCAGCUUCGACCUUACACCGCUUAUCUCUUUGAGGUGUCUGCAUUCACGUCAGACGGAGAAGGACAGAUUGCAUCCACCAUGGUCCGCAUGCCAGAGUCAGCCCCAGAAGAUCCGCCGCAGAACUUCUCAAUAUUAAAUGUGACGUCACGAACAAUAUCCCUAUCCUGGAACUCUCCCGCCAUUAUCACAGGAAGGUUCACCUAUGUGCUCUUCCUUCAUGGCCCUACAGGAUAUUUGUACGAGAACAGCACAGCAGACAUGACAUUCACAUUCACGGCUUUGACUCCCUACACUGAGUACACCAUUGCUGUUGGGGCCAAAGCGGCUGGAGAAGUGGGUCCAGUGGCUCGGGAGGAUGUGAUGACAUCUGCUGAAGCACCCAGUGCAGUUCAAGACCUGAAUGCGGUAGCAGAGGACGCCGUUUCAAUCCGUGUGACUUGGAGACGUCCAGCCCAGCCAAAUGGUGCUAUCACCCAGUACAGACUCUGGGUCCUGCUGAAUGACACUCUGUUGCAUGACAUCACUCUUAUAGCAGAACUGAAUACUACUGGUUCUCACGAAGGAGAUACGCUCGUUGCUGAUCAGCAUGCCAGUCCAGGGCGACGUAAGAGAAAUGCUGAACUCAGUUUGACUGUCGCCGCUGUUGAUUUUGAACCCACGCAGUCAACCAUCGUGACCUCGUCCACCCUCUCCGUCUCUCCACUCACAAGCACCAAGAAAGGCAUUAACGAUGCUGACGAGGGGUUCAGCCCCUCUUUAACCGCCACGCUCACUAAGACGCCCGGCAACACUUACCUUUCCACAUUACCUGCCAUUUCCCCUACGCCUGGGUCGCUUGUUACGCUUCCACCAUGGCUGACAAAGCAACACGAAGACGUGACCUCGGAGUCAGCUGACCCGGCUCUCACGCCAGGCCAGAACCGCUUUUCCACUCGCCAUGCAUCCAUUACGGCACAUUUAUUGUCACGAAACACGGCGGGUUCUGGAACCCCAGGCGUCAACGUGCGAGAAGAGGUGAUGGACGUGUUGAUGGGAGAGCUGUCUUACCUGGUGUCGGGUCUUGAACCCUUCACUGAGUACAUCUUCAGGGUCACUGCCUCUACGAUAGUGGGUGAAGGACCCGCCACCAACAUCACAGAGAAGACCCGGGAGCAAGUCCCCAGCUCAGUCCUGGACCUUUCCUACCAAAACAUCAGCUCCACUGCCAUACGUGUGAGCUGGAUGCCGCCACUCAACCCCAACGGGCGGAUCACGCACUACUCAAUCUACGGCCUGGAAGUGCACAGUGGUAAAGCGCUGACGUGGGUUACUAACACUACCAGCUUGCUCAUUACAGAUUUGGGCAAGUAUACUGGUUAUAAGCUCCGUGUGGCGGCGUCUACAGCUGUGGGAGAGAGCUUUCUAUCCGAGGAAGAUUACGUCUUUGUUUUCACCUUAGAGGACGAGCCAGACUCCCCCCCUGAAAACCUCACCGUGGUGGACGCCAGCCCGACCAUGGUCACCCUGACCUGGUCUGCUCCUGAGGAAGCCAAUGGUGUGAUCCAACAUUACACGGUCCUCUAUGAGAACCAGUCAUAUUCUUCUUCAGUCAACACCUCCAGCAACAAAGUUGCUCUCGUGACCUUGAAGCCAUUCACCUCCUACAAUGUCUCGGUGAUGGCGUUCACACGUCAUGGCCAUGGCAACCAGACCUCGGAUUAUUUAACCAUCUUGACUGGAGAGGACGUCCCAGGCAGUCCUCCUUACAGCCUCUCCUAUGAGUCGCUUAGUCCUAACGAGGUCAACGUUACCUGGCAGCCUCCUCUGGUGCCAAACGGCAUCAUCAGCCACUACAGCUUGGAGCUGUGGAAUUCCACUCAUUACCUGAACCUCACCUCCCCGACCAACUUCAUCCACAUCACCCACCUCAGGAAGUACGCUCGCUACCGAGUCACAGUGCAGGCACACACACGGGCCGGGGCCGGGAACUUCAGCACCGAGCCGCUCAACAUCACCACACUGGAGGAUGCUCCAGACACGCCUCCUCAGUUCCUCCUUGCUAGGAAGUUGUCUGAUUAUGAUGUGGAGUUGUCAUGGCAACCGCCACUUGAAGCCAAUUCCGAGAUACUCCACUACCUUGUCAGAGUUUGGAAUGAAACAAUGGAUAUGCUGCAGAAUGUUACUGAGACAUCAGUGCUUAUUAAUUUGGACCCUCAGAACCACUACAAUGCAUCUGUGUCUACCUGGACCAGACUGGGAGAUGGAGGAGUGCAGGCAUACAUCAGUUUCACCACUCAUGCAGAGCCAUUCGACCCGCCCCAGAGGGUGACAUUUGCAAAUGUAACCGCCUCCAGUGUCACCUUGCUCUGGCAGCCACCCUCUGAACCCAACGGAAUCAUCGUCCACUACACAAUUUACUACUCUGACAACAACACUGUGGUGAAACAGACAGUUCCAGUUUCUGAACUGUCUGUCCCUGGAUCGCCGGACUCAGCUUUAUCCUGGACUGUGUCUGGCCUUAUUGGGGGCACAAACUACACUGUGUGGAUGACCUCCAGCACAGCUAAGGGGGACGGAGGGGUCCGAAGCGAACCACUAACUCUAGUCAUUCCUGAGGAUGUGCCAUCUGACUCGGUCCACAACCUGACCGCUCAGAUCUUCAGCUCCACCGCCAUCAUCAUCAGCUGGGACCCUCCCCUGGAGCCAAACGGCCGUCCUCACUACCUUCUCACCCUGCAGGAGGCCGGCAUCGUCCCGGACAUAUCCAACCAAGGCCCUGCGGUGGUCAACAAAACCAUCAAGCGCACAACCACCGACACCGUCUUCCUCUUCACCAAACUGAGGAAGUAUUUCCCUUAUGUGCUAACUGUUACCCCGGCAACAGCAGCCGGCCCUGCCCAUAACCACACUAGCACGAUGUACCUAAGAACAGAUGACGACGUCCCCAGUUCUAUUCCACUGCUGGUGUCAACGAAUAACCUGUCGUCAUCCUCCAUCGCCGUGGUGUGGCAGCCUCCUCUUGAGGCCAACGGGGAGAUUACAGAAUAUUUCCUCACAUUGUCCGGCCCAGGGGACUCACAGGCCACUCAUACCCCCAACAGUUCUUUCACGUUCACUAACCUACGUCCAUACACCGCUUAUAAUCUGACCAUUAGCGCUGCAACACGUAAAGGCUUCGGGCCCGCCCUGGUGCUGAUGCUGCAUACCGAUGAAGGGGGCCCUUCGUCCAGUCCUCGUAAACUGACUAUUUUCAACCACACAGCCGCCUCUGUGUGGCUGAGCUGGGAGCCUCCCCUGGAGCCCAACGGGGUGGUGAUACAGUACGGCUUGAGGAUCCGAAACCUCAUCACACACGCCGUCACACACCGGAAUGCAUCCGGUCCAUCAACCGCAGCGUACAUAUCUGACUUCAAGCCUCAUCGUACCUAUGAGAUCAGUGUUUACGCUUACACCCGAGUGGGCCACGGGAACCAGUUUAGCAUCCCAGUGACCUUCACCACUAACGAGUCAGUGUCAGAAGCUGUUGGGAACCUGUCGUGUUUCGGGAUCAGCUGGAAUUCCAUUCAGCUUUCUUGGCAACCUCCAGCCAACCCCAACGGACAGAUCCUCUUUUAUGAGAUUCUAAUGGAGAUGGACUUGCAGGCCGACACACACCAGGUCCUCACACCCGAAUACACACUGACUGGACUGUCGCCAGAGCAGGAGUAUGUACUCAACGUGGCCGCAGUCAACUCUGCAGGGCCAGGAGACCAAAUAAACUGUUCUGCGUCUACUCUUUCUGAGUCAGUCCCAUCGGCCCCUCGUUUCGUCACCAUCUCUCAAGUCACCCCCAACAAUGUGACGCUCCAGUGGGGUGCCCCCCUCUCCAUCCCAGGACUGCUGAGAGAAUACCACAUCCUUGCACAGCUACUCUCCACGAGCUGCGCAGCGGACUUCUUUACCACCGCACAGCCAUCCCCGGAAGAAGAACCAGGCUCAGACUGUGUGGAAUCCUCUAUCACAAUGUCGAUUAAUGCUUCAGAAGAGGAUCUCGGUGUCACAGUCCAUCCUCUGGCUAAAUACAGACACUACCGCUUCAAAUUGGCCGCAGUGACUAAUGCAGGCAUUGGAGAAUACACAGCAUGGAGUUAUGCACGCACCCUGGCUGGCAAUCCAGACGCCCCUCCACAUGACCUCAGGGUUACUCCAACCUCGAGCAGCCUACGUAUAGCGUGGGACCCCCCAGCCAUUAUCUCAGGACCAACAUCCUAUCUUGUGGAGGUGGAGGGUCCUGGUUUUAAUUACUCUACGGUCAGGGCUCCCGGGGAGUUGACGACUGUGGUUGUGACUAAUUUGACUGCGUUCUCACGUUAUUCUGUGACUAUUACUGCUUUCACUGGCUCAGUGGAGCACGCCUCAAAGGACGGCAGAGCUAUUGGGCCCAUUCUGUUUCUAACGCUGGAGGAAGAGCCGAAAGAUCCACCAAAAAAUGUGGUUGUUUCAAUCAUCCCGGAUGAGGUAAACCGGGUAAAGGUUACUUUCACCCCGCCGGAGGAGCCCAAUGGGCAAAUCACAUCCUACUUUGUGUACAUAUUUGAAAAAGAGCUCCUAGUGAGGAACAUCAGUCUUAAUACCACCCAAAACGAAGACAGCAUGCUGAGUGCCGUCAUAGAUGGCCUGAAAGGUGGUCAUGACUACAGUAUUCAGAUUUCAGCAAAGAAUGGCGCUGGUAAGAGUCCACCCAGCCCGCAUGUCCAGAUAACGACUGGAAUCAAAGCCCCGGCCAAGCCCACCCAAAGACCCCAGGCGGUGCUCGGCCAUAGAGGGGUUGCCAUGGUUACCCACAGGAGUAUUACCAUCCGAAUGCCUGCGUGUUUCUAUAGUGACGACAAUGGGCCAAUCGCAAAAAUUCAGGUCAUCGUGGCUGAGUCAGGGGUGAAGGACAUUUCAAACAUAAGCAACUGGAGGAGUGCCUUCUUGGAGCGUCCCGUCCCGUACAUUACUGACCAGGGCUUCCCCAACCCGCCAUGUUCAGGGGACACGAGGGAGGCACGCGGUGUGCCUGGGAACGAGCGUCCUUUGCUUAGACGCAAACACACGACGGUGGACAGCUACGUGAUAGGAGCACAUGACGAGUGUUUGCAGGAGAACGACACUGACACAUUGUGUAACGGACCUCUGAAGGCUAAAACUGUUUACGUGUUUAAGUUAAGAGCGACUAACAUCAUUGGCCAAUACACUGACUCGGAGUACUCGGACCAUAUUAAAACAGCAGUUGACGGAAUGUUGACCAGAGACGAACAGAUCAUUCUAGGUGUCCUCCUCUCCUUUUUCUUGGUCGUAGUACUGAUUGUCAUCAUCUGUGCGUCUGUCAAGGUCCACCAGCGCAAGAAGGAGGGUGGAACGUAUUCCCCCAGACAAGCGGAGAUCAUCGAGACCAAGUGUAAACUGGAUCAGCUGAUCGCUGUGGCAGAUUUGGAGCUGAAACAAGAGAAACUCAACCGGUAUUCUUCCUUCUUCUUUCGGCGAAAGGAGAUAUACGUCAUUCAACUCCUCAGCUACAGGAAAUCACUCAAGCCCAUAAACAAGAAGUCCUUCCUCCAGCAUGUGGAGGAUCUGUGCGGCAAUGACAAUGCCAAAUUCCAAGAGGAAUUCUCUGAGCUCCCCAAACUGCUGCAUGACCUGGCCACCACUGAUGCCGACCUGCCCUGGAACAAAUCCAAGAACCGUUUCCCCAAUAUAAAACCUUAUAACAACAACAGAGUGAAAUUGCUGUCAGAACCAGGAACUGCAGGCUCAGACUACAUCAACGCCAGCUUUGUCGCAGGCUACCUGUGUCCCAAUGAGUUCAUCGCAACCCAGGGUCCGCUACCCAACACGGUGGCUGACUUUUGGAAGAUGAUUUGGGAAACGGGAAGUCACACCAUCGCCAUGCUUACACAAUGUCACGAAAAAGGCAGAAUUCGUUGUCACAAAUACUGGCCUGAGGACAACAAACCGAUGUCAGUGUUUGGUGACAUCCUUGUCUCCAAAGUAUCGGAGGAAAUCCUUCCUGACUGGACCGUCAGAACCCUGAAAGUAGAAAAGCACGGCCAUUACAUUUUGGUCCGCCACUUCAACUACACAUCAUGGCCCGAGCACGGGGUCCCGGAGUCCUGCAGCACCCUCAUCAAGUUUGUCAGAGCGGUCCGAGCACACCGACACAACAACACCACCAUAGCGGUCCACUGCAGUGCCGGUGUGGGCAGAACAGGAGUGUUCAUCGCUCUGGACCAUCUCAUUCAGCACAUCAGAGAUCACGACUUUGUGGACGUUUACGGUCUGGUGGCUGAGCUGCGCAGCGAGAGGAUGUGCAUGGUACAGAAUCUGGCCCAGUACAUCUUCUUGCACCAGAGCACUUUAGAACUACUGAACAACAAAGGCAACAGUCAGUCCAUCUGGUUUGUCAGCUACUCUGCUCUGGAGAAGAUGGACUCCCUGGAUGCCAUGGAAGGUGACGUUGAGCUGGAAUGGGAAGAGACGACAAUGUAGAAGCUUGGCCAGAAGACGUCUGUGUUCAUUAGAAGAAGACGAAGUCGUCCUGGGAACAUGCGUCUCCUUCAAGGAACGUCUUGUUUUCACGGUGGGCAAGUAGAGAGUGCUCUAUCACACUUUUGCACACCGUAUUGUCAUUAUUGUGUUAUAUACUGAAACUCGUUUGUGUUUUAGUAAGAUCAUUUAUCCAGCCAUAUUUUUUUCUAUGUCUCUGUAACUUCUUCCUGCGCGGAGAAGCCGACAUUGUUCCCGUGUUUGCUUUUUUUCUUUUCUCAAGAGUGCUUGGCAAUAAUAACAGCCGCUUGUAUUUAUUUUUUUCCUAAUUUUUUACACUUGUAUAGCCGAAUUAUAGCAGCGCCCUUGAGAAGUAUUAGCAGAUGAAGCGGUCGUGACAUUUUGAUGUCUAAUAUUAUGAAGUGUUUUAGAAGUACACACAGUUAUUACACUCAGUAAAUAUAUAUUUUUUAGGGGUGUCAGUCUUUUGGCACAUAAUGAUUGGUUCUGAUUCCAAUUUCUAAGGUGAAUAUUCAAUUCUAAAUCAUUUCUCCAUUCAAACCAAUUCUAAUUGUGUACUAGUUGGUAUAAUAAGACAUAUUAGAAAAGCGAUAUCUGGUUGCAUGGAGAUGGCCUAAAAUGUAUUAUUAAAAAUAUAUUUUUUUAAAUAAGUAAUAUUUUUGUUUUUCUUUAAAACAAUUUUUGAAAAUUAGGAUCUUAUGUAGAAAUGAGAUGAAUAAGAAUCGCCAGACGGCUGCGAAUCAAUUUUUUUGUACACCCCGGUCAUUUUUAAAUGAACCCAUCAACUUGUAAUUUGGGUGUAGACUGUCAUCUUUAAUUUGAGAGGUGCCAUGAAAAAUUGUAUUUAAUAUUCAAAAACGGGAGAUGUCAUUUGUUUCAGGGGCAGAAUUAAGUGACAAGUGAAUACACAACUCACUAUUUAGUCAGCAUUUUAUUGUAUCUUCUCAAGGGACAUGUUGAUACUUAGAUACACUUUAGAAAAGUCAGUGUACAGCUUGUAUGGCAGUUAGGGGCGACCUGAUUUGAUAUUGAUAUCGGUCUGAUAGCAAUAAAAGUACUGUAUUUUUUGGACUUUAAGUGGCAGUUUUUUUCAUAGUUUGGCCAUGGGUGCGACUUAUACUCAGGAGCGACUUAUGUGUGAAAUUAUGAUCACAUUACGUAAAAUAUCAAAUAAUAUUAUUUAGCUCAUUCACGUAAGAGACUAGACGUAUACGAUUUCAUGGGAUUUAUCAAUUGGGAGUGACCCAACCCUACUAGCGAGUAGUAGCAAUAUUUUGGUCGGACCUUACAGGGUUCACUGCCACAUUCGCCACGCCAACUAGUGGCGAGGAGGCUCAUAACCUGAAUUUGUGACAGUUGGUAACAAUUAGCCGAGCCACAACUGGUGUCCCCAAGUACCGAUGUAUUUUCACCUGUCCUUUCUAUCGUAUUGUCCCUUGACAAGAUGUUCUGUACUAGAAAAUGUCCGGAACUUUAAACUAUUUUUUUUUUUCAUCAAAUGUUUGUCAUUACGGGAUAAUAAAUGGCAUUUUGUCGUA